AUGGAACAAGAUGGAGACUCACCACCUUUCUGGUCCCAACCUUCAACCAACGCCAUCUUCCAACACCAACGCCUUCGCCGCCGACCACCCUCUCCGAUCUUUAACCCGGUUUCCCUUAUCCUCCUCCUACCGAUCAUUGCAUUGCUCGUUAUAUUUUUCUUACUUCCUCCAUUUCUCACCCAUACAACUCAAAUCCUUCGUCCCACCUAUUCAGUUAAAAAAAGUUGGGAUUCACUCAAUAUCCUUCUGGUAAUCUUUGCAAUUCUUUGUGGGGUUUUUGCGAAGAGAAACGACGACGUUUCGGCGGCGGAAAGUUCCCAUGAUGAUGAACGGGUUGCUGCUGCUAGUGAUACAACUGCUCAGCAAGCUGAGAGCAGCACCAAUCAAUGGUUUAACACUCCUCUGGUUGGAUUGGGAGGGACCGGGGUUAACCGGUUGAGAAGGAGCAGUAGUUCUUAUCCGGAUUUAAGGCAAGGACCGGUGUGGGAAACCGGAGAAACGCGCCACCGGUUUACGGAUGACUUUGAGGUGAAUUUAUACAGGCAUUCGCGGCAAACUGCUACCGAAGAACUUCACCACCGUCCACGGCGGAGCGGGGCGGAGAGGGAGGAGACUGAUGUUAAAGUGAUCCCGGUGGAUACUUUUGAAGUUCAUUCAGCUAGGCCUCCCUCACCUGAACCGCCGCCGAAGCCAGUAACACCACCACCUCCUCCUCCGCCGCAACCGCCUCCACCGGCGAGAUUGAAGCGGAGGCGAUCACUUCACAGCGUUCCACCACGUAAAGAAAAGUUGGGAAAGCCACGUGUGGGGCCUAAGGUUACUGAGGCUGAGUUGGAAGAAAGCCCAUUACGACCUCCCCCAGCUGCUCCUCCGCCUCAGUCAUUUGCUCCUCCUCCUCCGCCGCCGCCGCCACCACCUCUGGAGUUUGAGCAAAUUCCAGAGCAGAAGCUCCAGCGGAGAAAGAGCGGAACGGCCAAGGAAAUAACAACAGCCCUCGCUUCUUUAUACAAUCAGACUAAAAGAAAGAAAAUUUUGAAAAAAAGAAACAAUUCUGAGAGUUCCAGUGAGAGCUCUCCGCCUUCUGUACAUUCAUCCGUUCCACCACCAACGCCCCCGCCGCCACCUCCUCCUCCUCCACCACUUCCUUCUUCUCGGGUCUUUCAAAAUCUUUUCAAGAAAAGUAGCAAAAAUAAACGUAUAUAUUCCCUUUCCGGCACUGCACCACCACCUCCGCCUCCGCCACCGCCUCCUCCAAAUUCAAUAUUCAAUAACUUGUUUAAAGGCGGGAGCAAGAGUAAGCGAUUUAACUCGACAUCAUCAGCUCCUCCUCCACCACCCCCACCUCCGCCACCUCCGUCGUCUAUCCUGAAUACACUUUUCAAGCACGGAAGCAAAAGCAGGCGGUUCAAAUCAGAGAGCACAUCUCCACCACCACCACCCCCGCCGCCGCCACCUCCACCAAUGCAGCAAAUGUCAUCAAACCGCAAGCCGAAAUACACUCAACCUCAAACUCCAACAACAGUACCUGAACCUUUCCGGCGACGACCGUCGUCCACCAGGAAGCCUCCGUUGCCGGCGAAAACAAGUAUUUACUACGAGGAUUACAUAAAUAGCGGCGCACAAUCGCCACCAAUACCAACGCCGCCUCCGCCACCACCGCCGUUUCCAAUGCCGGACUUCAAAUUCGUGGCUCGCGGAGAUUUUGUUAGGAUAAGGAGCGCUCACAGUUCAAGGUGUAGCUCUCCGGAACUGGAAGACGUUGACGUAAUGUCAGUCAAAUCAUCGGAAGCAAUGGACGGUGCAGAUUCAAUUGGGCAGUCAGUGUUUUGUCCAAGCCCGGAUGUUAACCUGAAAGCUGACAAUUUUAUUGCUAGGCUCAAAGAUGAGUGGAGGCUGGAGAAAAUGAAUUCAAUGAAAGGGAAGCAUAAGACGGACCAUGGACCAAGCCCAGAAUUUGUUUGA